AUGGAGAAUGGUACAAGGGACGAGCAGAACCAAACUGGGCUGUUGCCUUCAAGCCAGGAGAUUGUUACAGCUGAAUACCAAGUGGUUACCAUCCUCUUGGUCCUCCUGAUCUGUGGACUGGGCAUCGUGGGCAACAUCAUGGUGGUUUUGGUGGUCCUCAGAACCAAACACAUGAGAACUCCCACUAACUGCUAUCUGGUGAGUCUGGCUGUGGCAGAUCUCAUGGUGCUUGUGGCUGCAGGACUACCAAAUAUCACAGAAAGCCUGUAUAGAUCCUGGGUAUAUGGCUAUGUGGGGUGUCUCUGCAUUACUUAUCUCCAGUACCUAGGGAUCAAUGCUUCUUCUUUUUCCAUCACUGCCUUCACCGUUGAGAGAUACAUAGCCAUCUGCCACCCAAUCAAAGCUCAAUUCCUGUGUACUUUUUCAAGAGCCAAAAAGAUCAUUCUUUUUGUCUGGGCUUUCACUUCCAUAUACUGUAUGCUCUGGUUUUUCUUGCUAGACCUUAAUACAAUAGUCUACAAAGACACUACUGCUGUGUCCUGUGGCUAUAAAGUGUCCAGGAGCUAUUACUCUCCUAUCUACAUGAUGGACUUUGGCAUAUUUUAUGUUGUGCCAGUGGUAUUGGCGACUGUCCUCUAUGUCCUGAUUGCUAGAAUACUGUUUCUGAACAGCAUCCCUUCGGACCCAAAAGAAAACUCUAAGACAUGGAGGAAUGACGUGGCUCACCAAAGCAAGCCUGUGAAUUCCAAGAUGACUAACAGAAGUUUCAAUAGCACUAUUGCUUCUCGAAGGCAGGUUACCAAGAUGCUGGCCGUGGUUGUGAUCCUAUUUGCAUUUCUGUGGAUGCCCUACCGCACAUUGGUCGUGGUCAAUUCCUUUCUCUCCAGCCCAUUUCAAGAAAACUGGUUCCUGCUAUUCUGCAGAAUCUGUAUUUACCUAAACAGUGCCAUCAAUCCUGUCAUUUACAAUCUCAUGUCCCAGAAAUUCAGAGCAGCCUUCAGGAAACUCUGCAACUGCCAGCAGAAACGGGAGAAGAAACCGGCUAAUUAUAGCGUGGCCCUAAAUUAUAAUGUCAUCAAAGAGUCUGAUCAGUGCACUGAGCUAGAAGAUAUCACUGUCACCAACAGCUAUCUGUCCUCUACAAAAUUGUCCCUUGGUGACACAUGUUUGCCAUCUGAGGUAAGAGUUAGUACAUUGUAA